AUGAAUCUCAAAGAUUUGUUGUACUGGUUUCGAGAACAUAUCUAUUACUACAAUGCAUUUAUACCUGAUGAAACUGAUCUGAAUGAAGAAGAAAAUCAAGUAGCCAUUGUAAAACAUCAGUUAUACGCUACUCGAUUGUACAUUCCGCUUCUCAUCAGUAAGUAUAAUAACGAUAUAAUAGCAUUAUUUUCGAGAAAUGAAAUUUCAGUCAUUAUUUACAUAAUCACUCUUGUUACAAUCAUAACUCCACAAAUUGAACUGAUCACGAUCUCCAAUAUCGAUGCAUCACUGUUCAAUAAAUUGUCUCUCGAACAUGCCGAUACACUUUCCUGUCCAUGUUCGACAACCACUAUACCAUAUGAGAAAUUUGUUUCGAAUAGAAUCUCAUUUCAUCCGAUAUGUUUGAGUAUCUUUGUUAGUGAACAGUGGAUUCAAGCACUUUACUUGUCAGAUGCAAGUACAUAUUUAGUGAUGGACUUUCGAACAACGGCCAGUUCUCAGUUCGAACUUCUUGCUGCUCUAUGUCGCAUUUGCCAGGACACAGUUGCGCAAUCUGUGGCUGAAUUCAAUAAUAAACAGUUUGUUACCGUUGAACUUCUCCAAGAGGAUAAAGUUCACACCCAAAUCAUGACUGAUGUUACUCUCAUUCGAACCAAUCUACCUAUACAAGUGACAACACCAUUGAAAUUCCUACAAAUAAUAACAACAUCAAACACACUGAUCACUGCACUCAAUACGAAUAUAUUCGUUUAUAUAUCUUCAUGGUUUGAUGGAUCGUUUCAUAGCAUAGCUGAUACAACUUAUUAUUUUAACACGAACAUGACUUCCUCUUCAGGUUUAUUCGGUGCAAGUUGUUCCGUGAAAAGCUUCAUAAGUCCAACUGGCUUUUAUGAACUACCUGAAUUUGACCGGGUAUUUAACCAUUAUGUCUGGCCUACAUAUCCCCCAUCUUUCGAACCGAGUGCAUCUGCAAUGGUCGAUGGAUUUUUCGCAGGAUGCAAUCCACUUGAUGCAUUACUUGCAAGCACAUUGGACUGUCUGUACGAUACAACAUGUCUGAGUAACUUUACUGAAUUCUUUCCAAAUUUGAAUCAAGCAAAUUUCAACUGGUCUAAUGGUUUGCCAUCUACAAGUCGACAAGACAUUCCAUUAGAGAGUCUUCUGAAGAACUUACUGAUAAAAGAAUGGUCGACAACAGUCAACUAUUCACAAUACUUUGCUUCGUGCGGCGCGACUGUCUGCACGUAUAGUCAAGUCAUUCACUUUAUCCAACACAUCCCGAAAUUGUUUACAGAUGUCAAAGAAUUAAAUCUGUUCAAAUCGGUGCAUAAUCGAACUCCAAUCGAUCUAAAAAAACAAUACAUUACUACACGAGUUUAUUUGAUUCUACUGAUCAGUUCGAUAUCUGUGCUCCUCUUAUUCACAUUACUACGAGUCGAAAUAGUAACGCUGGAAGAAGCGAAUCCUUCGAUAGCAAAAUUCCAAGAUUUGAAUACUUUGUAUUCCGAUUCCUUAAAAUGUCCAUGUUCAAACAUCAAUACACCUUAUAAAGCAAUGACGACAUGGUCACCCACAUUCCAUCAAGUAUGCUCAAGCGAUUUCAUUCGCGAAGAGUGGCUCGCACCUCUGCCAUUUGUUGAUCUAUCUCUCUACGGAUGGUCUACGGCAUGGCGUGGAUUUAGCACGCGACAUUUUCGUUUACUGUCUACUCUCUGUCAAUUAGCUAAUUCAAGUGUGAUUGACGCGCUUCAACGUUUUGGAAUUCAAUCCUUUGUCACAUUAAAUGCCAUUUCGCACGCGGAUUUCAAUGCUCAAUUAAACAUUACCUUCAACCAAUUUAUUCAAUCAUUUGUCACGAACUUCGAUCUUCUUGUCGGUUUAGUUCAACUUUUCACGCAAAUAGAUCAACCCUACACAAAAGGCGAUAACGCAGCUUUUGUCAAUCCCAUCUCAUUAGACAAUGAACAAGUGUUAACACUACGCUUCAGUUUAAAUGGAGUGGAAAACAGGAGAACAUCGACGGUCGACUGUAUUUGCGCAACUGAUCCUACUUGUCAAACCCAAGUUGUUGAUCCUGUAGGACAAAUCUAUGCACACGCUGACGAUGUUUAUGAUGAUAUACCAGGAGCGAUACUCGGUUGUUUCGUUGUUGAUUCCUUUUUACGAUCGACUCUGGAAUGUUACUAUUCACAAUCGUGCUUGACCGUUCAAUAUAAAUAUAUAAAUUUUUCGCUUAGCAACUAUGAUACUGGUCUACCGUUUUUUAAUGCUCAUCUACUUGCCUACGAUCCUGUAACCAGUCGAUUUCCUCCGAACACAACACUCGACACAAUAGUCAAACAAUUAAUGAUUGAACAAUGGAAUCCGUCGUUUUCAUUCGAGCACUACUACAAUUCUUGUGCACCAAUCAAAUGUUUAUAUCCUCAUGUAAUUCGUACGAAUACUUUUCUUGGAACAAUCUUGAUCAUGAUAUCGUCAAUCGGCGGUCUUAUUGCAGCCUUACGAUUAAUAACUCCACAUCUAGUGACCAUUUUCUUUCGAACGAAGUCGAAUCAACCCCAAAUAAAUCACAACGUCGAUUCAAAGUUUCUUGAUCGGAUGAAAGGGACCUUGACGAAGCUUUUCCGACAAUUGUUUACUACAAUGACCAAUUUAAACAUAUUUCCUCUGCGAACAUUUGGAAGUCGUGUAGAUCGAAGACAAGCAACAUAUUUCGGUCAGUUAUCAACUCGUCUUUAUAUUGUACUACUUUUGAUAAGUAUGAGCAUUUUGACACUUUACAAUGAAAUUCAACCACGAAUUCUAAGAAAUAUCUUGACAAAUCCGACAUACAAUGUUUAUGAAAAACUUUUGUCAACUCAUGAUGAUACCCUACGAUGUCCUUGUUCGUCAAUUUCAUCGACUUACGAGCAAUUCGUUACCGCUCAGCCUAUUUUUCACCCGAUAUGUACGAGUCAAUUCGUCUUAGAUGAAUGGCGUGUAAAUCUUACGAAUAAUCUCGCUUCUGACCUUUCUACCUAUUCCAAAAGAGAUUACCGUCGUUUUCUCUCAUCACAUUUACAACUUCUGUCGGGCUUAUGUUCUCGAUCGAUGAAAUCCGUGAACAAUUCGAUUGAUCAACUUCUCUCUUCGUAUUUCGUCAGCAAUCAACUUUUGCCAAGUAAAAAGCUGCAAACAAACAUCGAUUUACUCGUCAAUCAGAGUCAGUUCAAUGCUCCCAGUUCGUUCACGCGAUAUCUUUCGUUACUUCGAUCGGUGAAUCAUGGUAAUGCAAUCGUUUCAGCCUAUGAAACUAAUUAUGUGUUUAUUAAUCCGUGGGUCAACACUACUCCUGCAAUUGCGAUUACGGAGGCAAUAGUCUAUGAUGAUGAUUGUUCAUGUGCGCUGAAUCUGAACUGCACUAGUCCAGCGAGAUUUGUUCAAGCAAAUACGUCUGAAGUAUCGGAAAUCCAAGGUUUGAAAAUAGGAUGUACACCAAGCGAAGCAUAUCUUGCUUCAACAUUGGAAUGCUUUUAUGAUUCAGACUGCGUUCGUCUUAUCUUGGAAAAUAUUUACAAUAUGAGCACUUUUAUUGAUGCUAAUCUUCAUUCUCUUGUUCAGAUGAAUAAUAGUCGCUUUUCGAUGAAUACAACUAUCCUGAAUCUCGUUAAUGAGCUUUUUAUGGAGAACUGGUUAACGACAACCAAUUAUUCAGCUUACUUUGAGCAAUGUGCGCCAUCGUCAUGUGAAUAUACGUAUACGCAAGAACUCACCUCUCUCUAUACGUUAACUGUUUUACUGAGUCUCUAUGGUGGUCUAUCGUUCAUCUUGAAAUGGAUGUGUCCUAAGAUAGUUCUUGUUUUUGUAAAAAUCAAGCGAAAAAAAACUGUGAAACCUACAUCAUCAAUGGUAACAGUAAUUGUUGCAAGCACCAUCAAUUCUCAGAGUGCAUCCACGGCUAUUACAAUUCCGAAACAUUCUUCAUCAUCGAUAUAUUACUAUUUUAUUCUUGGAUUGAUACUAUUUAUCUUUCUAAUUGCACUUAUGAUUGUAGCAACGAUUUAUAUAAAUCGACAGGUCAAUUCACUCUAUCCAACACCUUCAAUAUCACUCACAAGUACACUAAAAAGUACAACAAACGAUGAAACCAGUUCAACAACAGGAAUUUCUACCUCUUCGGUCAUAUCUUGUCCCUUGACAUUUCAACAGCUGACUCCAUUUACAAAUGAUUCUAUUCAUGCACUCAAUUUGAUAGCUGUCGGUGAUUUCAACGAAGAUAGAUACUUUGAUCUGGCUCUAACUGGAUCUGUUGGUGCUCUCGGUAAGUUAUCCAUAGCGUUAGGCAAUAAUGAUGGAACUUUUCACAUUCACACAACGUUUACAACCGAUAAUAAUUAUGGUACAAAUUCGAUCACUGUCGCUGAUUUUAACAACGAUGGUCAUGACGAUAUUGGUAUUCGUCUUAGUAACUUUAAUAAUGACAUCGUGAUCUAUAUUGGUAAUGGUAAUGGAAGUUUUCAGAGUUUAGUGACAUUUCCCAGUGGCUCUGCAGCUCAAGUGAGCCUUGGUUUCACUGUCGGUGAUUUGAAUAAUGACGAUUAUCUGGACGUUGUUGUCUUUGGUGUUGGUGUAUCUAUUCUGUUUGGGGAUAUUCAUGGUGAUUUCAAUACAUCGGAGUUAUUUUCUGUUAAUAGUACUCUAAGAUCGUCAUUCGUUGGUACUGGUGAUUUCAAUAAUGACAAUCGAUUGGAUUUAGCUAUACUUGAUAACUCUGGAAAUAGUGCACGGAUUUUGCUCAACAGUGGUAACACAAGUUUUCAACAGUCAACGCUAUUGUAUUUCGGUGCGUUUAGUUUCCCGAAUUCACUAGCUGUGGGUGAUUUUAAUAAAGAUGAUUAUCUCGAUCUAGCUGUUGUCAAUGCAAAUAGAAAUAAUGUCGCCGUGCAUUUGGGAAACAAUAAUGGUACGUUUGGAAACCAACUGACUUUGCCCACGGGAACAUAUAGUAGUCCAUAUUGGGUUGUUGUGGAUGAUUUCAACAAUGAUAAUAACUCCGAUAUCGUUGUAAGCAAUUCGAAUUUGCAUACGAUAGGAUUUUGGUCUGGCUUGGGUGACGGAAUGUUUUUGCCGCAGAUGACAUUCUCUACAGGAGCAACAAGCGUACCAGAAGUAUUUGUUGAAGGCGAUUUCAAUGGUGAUGGAAAGUUAGAUGUCGCUAUCAUAGACAAUCGGCACAAUACUUUGGUGAUUUUGAUGAAUACAUGUGAUUGCUGUGUAAAUACAGGUUCGAAAACGUAA